AUGGAUUUCGGCAAAGCGAGCAAAACGAAACGAAGAAGUGAAAUAUGGAAUCUAAACGAAAACAUCCUAAGCCCUUUUUUUCUUCUUCAAAAACAACAACAGCAAAAAAAAACAAAAAUAGAAAACAAAAUAAGGGAAAGAGAAGAAAUAUUCACACCAUUUAUUCGCAAUCAUUCUCGAUGUCCGGGGAAAUGUUUUUCUUUUCUCGCAUCAAAGAACCUUUUCAUGGAAAAUGCGUGA